GCUGCUGAGGAGAUAUCCAGCCUCCUAGGCGAGGACUCCGUGAGCUAUGACGAGGAUGUGAUAGAGCACCAUGGGCAUUCAGAUUGGUCCACCGCCAAUACGCCGAAUAGACCUGCAGCGGUGGUCUGGCCACGAAACACCGAAGAAGUAUCUAUGAUCGCACGUGUCUGCAGCAAACACAAUGUGCCGAUGGUUGCCUUCGGCGCUGGCUCAUCCGUUGAAGGCAAUUUCUCUUCACCGCACUCUGGCAUUACCAUCGACUUCACGCACAUGGACAAGAUCGUGGCUUUCCAUCCCGACGACAUGGACGUUGUUGUUCAACCGGGUGUCAAUUGGGUGAACUUGAACAACGAAAUCAAGGACUCCGGCUUGUUCCUGCCUCUUGAUCCGUCGCCGACAGCAAUGAUUGGAGGCAUGGUAUCGACCAAUUGCAGUGGUACCAACGCCAUGCGGUAUGGCAAUAUGAAGGACUGGGUCAUUAAUUUGACUGUAGUGCUUGCGGAUGGUCGGGUGGUGAAAACUCGGAGGCGGCCUCGGAAGACGUCCGCUGGGUACAACCUGACUGGCUUCUUUGUAGGUGCCGAGGGCACACUUGGUCUGGUCACAGAAAUUACAUUAAAGCUUGCACCCAUUCCUCAGGAUACGAGUGUAGCUAUCGUCUCGUUCCCAAGCAUUCGCGCCGCCACCACUGCUGCAUCGAGAAUUAUCCGCUCCGGUAUACAGCUUGCUGCAUUGGAGCUGAUGGACGACGUUCAAAUGCAAGUCGUGAACAGGCACGGAAGUGCAGCGGUCAAAAAACGCAAGUGGGAGGAAGAGCCUACGCUCUUUAUGAAGUUCUCUGGAACGACUGAUGCUAUCAAAGGUGACAUCAAGGGGGUGCAAGAGCUGAUCAAGAACGAAAUGCCAGGACCGUUCCACUUCGCAAAAACCAAGCUUGAGGAGCUAGACCUCUGGGCUGCCAGGAAGGAAGUCCUGUUCACAAUGGUCAGCACUCGAAAGGAAGGGACUGUAUUGUGGUCCACGGAUGUAGCAGUGCCACUCUCACGAUUGGCUGAUAUCAUCGACAUCUCCAAAGAGGAUUGUAGCAAGCUUGGGUUGUUUGCCAGUUUCCACACGGCAAUGUUCUAUGAUCCGCACAACGCCGAGCAGAAAGCCCCUGUCAAGAAGGUCGUGGAUGACAUGAUGCACAGGGCAUUGGAGAUGGACGGGACCGUGUCCGGCGAGCAUGCUAUCGGGAUCGGUAAGAAGGACUGUCUUGUGGAAGAGCUUGGUCAAGGCACCAUAGACUUCAUGAAGACUCUGAAGCGGGCAGCAGAUCCCAAAUGGCUGCUGAAUCCUGGCAAAGUCUUCGACCUACCAGAUGCAGCUUGA